GGAAGCAGGAGGAGGAAUAAAGUGUAAAAUGAUUGAUGUCAGAGUGAAUAAUAACGCGAGAGAAUCGAGAAUCCGCAGAAAUAUUGUUUGAUUCUCUCUGAAGACGCGUUUUACUGGAUUUCUGCUGAUUAUUCACGAGUUAAAGUCUCCGGGGAGAGUUUUAUUUCGUAACUACAACCCGGAAGUCGUAUGUUUACAUCUGCCCCGCUCGUGUGACAGUCGGACAACUCUCAGCUGUUUGUGUUCGCGGGACUCCUCUCGCAAACCGGGGCUUGUGUUUUAACUAAACACAACAACAACAACAUCAGACAAUGGCGUCCAGCGACGGGAUCCAGAUUCCGAGCCGCCUCCCGCUGCUGCUGACCCACGAAGGCGUGCUGCUGCCGGGCUCCACCGUCCGCUUCAGCGUGGACUCCCCCCGGAACAUGCACCUGGUCAGCCAGCGGCUCCUGAAAGGCACCUCGCUGAAGAGCACCAUCAUCGGACUGAUCCCCAACACCAGGGACCCGGAGCACGACACCGACGACCUGCCCCCGCUGCACAAGAUUGGAACAGCGGGGAUCGCGGUGCAGGUGGUGGGCAGCAACUGGCCCAAGCCCCACUUCACCCUCCUCAUCACCGGACUGUGUCGCUUCAGUGUGUCAGGUCUGCUGAAGGAGAGGCCCUUCGUCCUGGCAGAGGUGGAGCAGUUGGAUAAACUGGAGCAGUACACAACACCAGCAUCACGAGGGGUCACCACUGAUGAUGGAGAGCUGGGGGAGCUGUCUGACAAAUUCUACCAGACGGCUGUACAGUUGUUAGGAAUGCUGGACAUGUCCGUUCCAGUGGUGGCUAAGUUCAGGCGUCUGCUAGACAGCCUGCCCAGGGAAACGCUGCCUGAUGUGGUCGCCUCCAUGAUCCGAACGUCAAACAAGGAGAAACUAGAGGUCUUGGAUGCGGUGAGCCUGGAGGACCGUUUCAAGACGGCUCUGUCCAUGUUGACCAGACAGAUAGACGGACUGAAUCUGCUGCAGAAGACCAGGAAGAAGAGUCCUGAUAAUGAGAAGAGGGUGUUAUCGGUGCGUAAAGGUGGUGUGUUCCCAGGCCGGCAGUUCAAUGUGGAUGAGGAGGAUGAAGAUGAUGGAGAUGACACCUCAGUCCUGGAGAGGAAGAUUCAUGCAGCAAACAUGCCUGAGGCUGCUCUGAGAGUUUGUCUGAAAGAGCUCAAGAGAUUGAAGAAGAUGCCUCAGUCCAUGCCUGAGUCUGCCCUGACCAGAAACUACUUGGACCUGAUGGUUGAGCUGCCAUGGAGUAAAAACACUAAAGACUGCCUGGACAUCCGAUCUGCUCGCACUCUGCUGGACAACGACCACUAUGCCAUGGAGAAGCUGAAGAGGCGUGUGCUGGAGUACCUGGCUGUCAGGCAACUCAAGACUUCUCUCAAGGGCCCCAUUCUGUGCUUUGUGGGGCCCCCAGGAGUCGGUAAGACCAGUGUGGGCCGCUCCAUCGCCAGGACUCUGGGCAGAGAGUUUCACCGCAUCGCUUUAGGAGGCGUCUGUGACCAGUCGGACAUCCGGGGACACAGACGUACGUACGUGGGGAGCAUGCCCGGUCGCAUCAUCAACGGCUUGAAGACGGUGGCUGUGAAUAAUCCUGUCUUCCUGUUGGACGAGGUGGACAAACUGGGGAAGAGUCUCCAAGGGGACCCUGCAGCUGCUCUGCUGGAGGUCCUGGAUCCGGAGCAGAACCACAGCUUCACAGACCAUUACCUCAACGUGGCCUUUGACCUCUCACAAGUGCUCUUCAUCGCCACGGCAAACAGCACAGCCACCAUUCCCCCGGCCCUGCUGGACCGGAUGGAGGUGCUGCAGGUUCCAGGCUACACUCAGGAGGAGAAGGUGGAGAUAGCUCAUCGUCACCUGAUCCGGAACCAGCUGGAUCAGCAUGGAUUAACACCUCAGCAGCUGCACAUACCACAGGACACCACGCAGGCUAUAAUCAGCAGGUACACGAGAGAGGCAGGUGUGCGCUCCCUCGAGAGGAAGAUCGGAGCCAUCUGCCGUGCGGUGGCCGUGAAGGUCGCUGAAGGUCACAGAGUUGCCAAGACAGAAGCUUCAGUCCCAGAGGGGCCUUCAGAGCCAGGAGACAAGGCGGCGGCCCCCCCAGAGAUGCCCAUUGUGAUCGACCACAUCGCCCUGACAGACAUCCUGGGCCCUCCGCUGUUUGAGAUGGAGGUGUCGGAGCGGUUCAUCCUGCCCGGUGUCGCUCUGGGUCUGGCCUGGACGCCGCUCGGGGGGGAGAUCAUGUUCGUGGAGGCCAGUCGGAUGGAGGGAGAGGGUCAGCUCACUCUGACCGGUCAGCUGGGAGACGUGAUGAAAGAGUCCGCCCACCUGGCCAUCAGCUGGCUCCGAGCCAACGCCAAAACCUACCAGCUCACCAACAUGGUGGGGGGGCCAGAUCCUCUCGAGGGAACCGACAUCCACCUCCACUUUCCUGCCGGAGCCGUCACCAAGGACGGCCCCUCCGCUGGUGUCACCAUCGUGACCUGCCUGGCCUCGCUGUUCAGCAGCCGCCUGGUCAGAUCCGACGUGGCCAUGACCGGAGAGAUCACGUUGAGAGGGCUGGUGCUGCCGGUGGGCGGGAUCAAGGACAAAAUCCUGGCGGCCUACAGGGCGGGAGUGAAGCGCGUCAUCCUGCCGCUGCGCAACCAGAAGGACCUGGAGGAGCUUCCCGCCAACGUCCGAGCCGACCUGGACUUCGUCACGGCUGCAAACCUGGACCAGGUCCUGAACGCUGCCUUCGAAGGAGGGUUCCCGGGGGUGGAGCAGCCGCACACCCCCCCUCAGCUGAGCAGCAAGCUGUGAGCGAGUUGGGAGCGACUGGGCGAGGGACUGGACGACCUACUGGGCGAGCAACUGGACGAGUGAGUAGACGAGGGACUGGACGAGGGACUGGGCGACCUACUGGGCGAGGGACUGGGCGAGCGACUGGGCGAGUGACUGGACGAGGGACUGGACGAGGGACUGGGCGACCUACUGGGCGAGCAACUGGACGAGUGAGUAGACGAGGGACUGGACGAGGGACUGGGCGACCUACUGGGCGAGGGAGUGGGCGAGCGACUGGGCGAGUGACUGGACGAGGGACUGGACGAGGGACUAGACGAGGGACUGGACGAGGGACUGGGCGACCUACUGGGCGAGUGACUGGACGAGUGACUAGACGAGGGACUGGACGAGGGACUGGGCGACCUACUGGGCGAGUGACUGGACGAGUGACUAGACGAGGGACUAGACGAGGGACUGGACGAGGGACUGGACGAGGGACUGGGCAACCUACUGGGCGAGUGACUGGACCAGGGACUAGACGAGUGACUAGACGAGGGACUGGGCAACCUACUGGGCGAGUGACUGGACGAGGGACGAGGGACUGGGCGAGCGACUGGGCGACAUACUGGGCGAGAGCGACUGGGCGAGCGACUGGACGAGGGACUGGGCGACCUACUGGGCGAGCGACUGGACGAGCGACUGGGCGAGUGACCUCAAGACCCUUUGAGAUUCAAAGUUACACAGACACAAGUGUUCGAACUCUAAUUCAGCUCAGAGGCAUUUUGCUUGAUUAGCAAAUGAUUUUGUAUUUUAUUAUUUGUGUAUUAAUUUUUGUGACAACUCACGACAAAGAAAUGUUUAUUGUUGAGGUUUCUAUGCAACAUAUGAAGGAUUAUAAGGGUCAUGUUAAAGAUUAAAAGAUAUUUUCAGAAUAGGAAUAUUUACAAGAAUAGUUGUGGUUUAUUCAGAAAAAGUCAAUUUUAUGAGAGAAUUCAUAAUGAACAAGAAAAGAGUCGUAAUAACUAAGAACAAAGAAAAAUGUGUUAUCUAGAAAAUGAGCAGCAGGAGAAUCUGAUGUUUUUUUCUCUGAAAUCAAUUUGAUCUUAUAAAAUUGUGUUUGUUUCUCGUAUGAUACUUUUAAUCUUGUCAAAUUACAACUUUCUUUCUUGUGAUAUUAUUGUUUCAUUCUUGUAAAAAUUAAGAUUUUUAUUUGUAAAAUGUAUUUUUUUCCCUGAAAUAUCACAACUUAAUAUUAUGACUUUAUAAACAUAAGAUUACAAAUUUUAAUCUUGGAAUAAUUUCAAUGUAUUCUCGACAUUAAGGGAAUAACUCUUAGUUCCGUGUCAUCACUUUGACUCUGAUGCUGUGACUCCAGGUUGUGAUUCUGCGGAUCUGACUAACACCUGGAUUAUUCCUCCCACUAACAUGACACACGUGUGAUGUAGCAAACGUACUGACUUUAAAAACUGUGAUUUCAUAUUAAACCACCUGUGUCUUUGUAGAUAACGUUAAAUUAAAGAUGCUUAAAAACAUGAAAUAA